GUUACUACUAAGAAAUGAGAUCGUCCAAAACGAGGCUUCUUCUUUAGGAUAACGGAGAGUGGUUUUCUUCGCAUACCUGCGCACGUUAGGGUUCACCACCUUACAAAUCAAAAAUUCAUCACCAUUUCCCUCUUCUUUCUUCUUUCAUGGAUCUACUCAGAACAAAUAAGGCGUAUGAAGAGAGAAGCUAGCCAGACCAGAUGAUGGAGAAUUAUGAGGACUACUCGGACCAAAGAUCAUUGUCUUUGGAUGAUGCCAGCAGUGCUGACGAAUCACCGCACGACAUUGAGCUAUCUCUAGAGUCGUCAGUUGAUGCAACUCCUUAUAUUGGCCAAAGAUUUGUCACUCAUGAUGCUGCCUAUGAGUUUUACAGUGAAUUUGCCAAGAGAUGUGGCUUCUCGAUUAGGCGUCACAGGACAGAAGGCAAAGAUGGGGUUGGCAAAGGACUCACAAGAAGGUAUUUUGUUUGCCACCGGGCUGGUAACACUCCUAUCAAGGCCUCAAGCGAGAGUAAACCUCAACGGAACCGCAAAUCAUCAAGGUGUGGAUGCCAAGCAUAUAUGCGAAUCAGCAAGAACAUGGAUUCAGGAGUCGCUGAAUGGCGUGUAACAGGAUUCACCAACCACCACAACCACGAAUUGUUGCAACCUAACCAGGUCCGCUUCCUACCUGCUUACCGCACAAUAUCCGAGACUGACAAGAAUAGGAUCUUCAUGUUUGCCAAGACUGGAAUAUCUGUGCAGCAAAUGAUGAGGCUUAUGGAGCUUGAGAAGUGUGUGGAACCAGGAUACUUGCCAUUCACAGAAAAAGAUGUGAGGAACCUACUUCAAGCACUAAAGAAAAUCGAUCAGGACGAUGACAGCGUUGAUCUACUAAGAAUGUGUAGGAAUAUCAAGGAUAAAGACCCCAAUUUUAGGUUCGAGUACACACUUGAUGUGAACGAGAGGUUAGAGAACAUUGCCUGGUCAUAUGCGUCAUCAAUCCUUUCCUACGAUAUCUUUGGCGACGCUGUAGUGUUUGAUACCACACAUCGCUUAACCUCCUUUGACAUGCCCCUUGGAAUAUGGGUUGGCAUGAACAACUACGGCACACCAUGUUUCUUUGCCUGUGUGCUCCUACGAGAAGAAAAUACUCGCUCAUUCUCUUGGGCCUUAAAGGCAUUUUUGGGCUUCAUGAAUGGAAAACCUCCACGAACAAUCUUGACAGACCAAAAUGUUUCACUUAAAGAUGCGAUAGAGAUGGAAAUGCCGAGAACUAAACAUGCCCUCUGCAUUUGGUUCAUUGUGGCAAAGUUCCCUUCUUGGUUUAAUGCUGUUUUGGGGGAACGGUACAAUGAGUGGAAGAAUGAGUUUUAUAGGCUCUAUAAUAUGGAGAUGAUUGAGGACUUUGAACUGGGGUGGGGGAGCAUGGUUAACUCAUUUGGCUUACAUACAAAUAGACACAUCUCCAAUUUAUUUGCCUUGCGAACGCACUGGGCGCUACCGUACUUGAGAGACCAUUUUCUUGCGGGGAUGACAACAACUGGGCCCUCAAAGUCAAUUAAUGCUUUUAUCCAGCGAUUUCUAAGUGCACAAACUCGGUUGGCACACUUCGUUGAACAAGCUGCUGUAGCGAUCGACUUCAAAGAUCAAGCAGGGGAACAACAAAUAAUGCAACAAAAUCUCCAGAACAUUCUUCUAAAAACAGGGGCUCCCAUGGAAGCCCAUGCAGCAUCGGUUCUCACGCCUUACGCCUUCUGUAAGCUGCAAGAUGAACUUGUUCUGGCAGCACAUUAUGCAUCGUUUAUGUUGGAAGAAGGCUAUUUCCUUGUGAGACACCACACAGAAAUGGAAGGAGGCCACAAAGUGAUUUGGAAUUCUCAGCAGGGUAACAUAAGCUGUGGCUGUCGUCAGUUUGAGUUCUCGGGUAUUCUCUGCAGGCAUGCUCUCCGGGUUCUUUCAGCGAUGAAUUGCUUCCAAAUUCCUGAACCGUAUCUGCCGAUUCGCUGGUGUAGGUACUAUAAUACUGUACCCUCAAAGACCCUUCAAGGUGGCCUGAGCGAUUAUUCUGACCAAGUUCAAGCUCUGCAAUCUAUGGUAUCAAAUCUUAUCACCGAGUCUUCCAAAUCGAAGGAACGCUUAGAUUUAGCUACCGAGCAAGUUUCAGUCCUCUUGUCGCGAAUUAGGGAGCAUCCAACGUCAGCACAAAGGUAGUGACUGACUCUGACUUUCACAGUUUCAUCAAUGAUUCCGUCCUUUGUGACAGGCAGUGGAUCCUUUUCCUGUUUUUUGUUGUUGUAACAUUUUGGGUUCCUUUUCCGUUUUUGAUUUAUUAUAUUGGGAUUCGUAGUUAGCAUAGAGUUUUUGCAAGAGAAUAGGCUGUUAUUUCGCAUGCCAUUUUAACUGUAAUUGCACUAUGUGCUCUCCUUUCCGCUGAUUCUUAGAGUAAAAUGUACGGCAGGAAUUUUACCUGUACAGUUAAGUGUAGAGAAUCUAGGCCGAAUGGUUUGGAUGAAGUUAUUUA